AUGCCUGCCGAAUACAAACGACUCAACGCGGAAGACUGUGUCUUUCUGUUUGUGGACCACCAGUCCGGCCUCAUCCAGUUGGUCCGCGAUUUUGACCCUCACGAAUUCCACACCAAUGUUAUUGCACUGGCUAGGGUCGCCAGCUACUUCAAGGCCCCGUCUAUUAUCACAACGUCGUUUGAGACCGGACCCAACGGGCCUAUUGCCAAGGAGCUCCCCGACAUGCUUCCCGACGCCCCGGUGAUUCGGCGCCCCGGUCAAAUCAAUGCCAUGGACAAUGAGGACUUUGCCAAUGCGGUCAAGGCAACGGGCAAGAAGCAGAUUGUUAUCAGUGGUGUUCUGACGGAAGUUUGCGUCGCCUUCCCUGCCCUUAGCUUGAUUGAGCAAGGAUACGACGUCUUUGUCGUUACAGAUGCAUCCGGCACCUUUGCCGAGCACACGAGGGAAGCCGCCCAUAAACGAAUGGCUCAGGCUGGCUGCCAGUUGCUUAACUGGGCAGCUGUUGCUGCAGAACUUCAUAGAGACUGGCGCCGGGACAUUGAGGGUUUUGGAGCUAUUUGGCGCGAUCACAUCCCCGCUUACUGGUGCUUAAUGCAGAGUUACGAGUCUGCUGGCAAGAACAAUGCCAAAUAG